CGACUCUGCAGCACCGUAACUGGAAGCGUAUCUUCUUAUCGGGCUGGGCGACUUUGUACAGAAGCUGUGCUGCGAAGCUGUAAUACGGACAGUCACGAUGAAAAUCACGGCGCUCUCGCGAUCCCUGGACAACCACCUUCCGGGCAGGUCGGGCGAUGCGACACCCGUAUCACGCAAUCUGGACCCGGCUUUGCAUCCUUUCUCCAAGCCGCGAGAGUACACAAGAGCGCUCAAUGCUGCAAAAGUGGAUCGCAUGUUCGCCAAGCCGUUCGUGGCCUCGCUGGAGGGACACGUCGAUGGCGUGUACUCGCUCGCAAAGGAUCCGGAGCGAUUAGGUGUCAUUGCUAGUGGUAGCGGCGAUGGAGAGAUCAAGCUGUGGAAUCUGCCUUCACAAUCAUGUCUGCAUACAUAUACAAAGGCACAUAAGGGUAUCAUCCAAUCACUCUCCAUGUCACCAUCCUCCACCUCUUCGCAGACAUUCGGCCGACAUCUUUUAAGCUGUUCGACAGAUCGCACAGUCAAGAUGUGGAAUGCGGACCCGCACCCAGAUCAUACCGGAUGGGCGGGCGAUGCCGCAAACUCGGAUGAUGAUGAAGACGAUGAUGAGGGUGCGGACGCCACUGCUGCUGGGCAAGCGAAACGUGGAGGGCUCUUAAGCUAUCAAGUGGCGGAGAAGAAGGCAAUACAACCUCUGGCACUGUACGCCGGCAAAGCCGCAUUCAACUCGGUCUCGCACCACUACGGCAAGCAACAAUUCGCAUCAGCAUCGUCAGUGAUACAAAUCUGGGACCUGAAUCGAUCAGGAAGUUCUGGGACCGGGCAAGAGGCGCUCAAUACGAUCACAUGGGGCUCUGAGACGAUCAAUGUCGUGAAGUUCAACGCCAGCGAAAGAGAUGUACUAGCGAGCGCAGGAAGCGAUAGGAGCGUAGUACUCUACGACUUGAGAGCUGCCAAGCCAUUGACGAAACUCUUCAUGACUAUGCGAGCAAACGACAUCUCCUGGUCGCCGAUCGAGCCCACUGUCUUUGCGUUGGCAAGCGAAGAUCACAACGUCUACACAUUUGACAUGCGUAACAUGGCCUCAGCCACCCAAAUCUACAAGGACCACGUUGCGGCGGUCAUGUCAGUCGACUGGGCACCGACCGGCCAAGAGCUUGUCUCCGCGUCGUACGAUCGUACUUUGCGACUGUGGGAGUACGGUCGCGGCGCGCACUCGCGCGACGUCUACCACACCAAGCGCAUGCAGCGCAUCUUCUCCGCUGCGUACAGCCUCGAUGCGCGUUAUGUCCUCUCCGGCUCGGACGAUGGUAAUGUGCGAAUAUGGAAGGCACGCGCGAGUGAGAAGAUCGGCAUUCUCAGCGGGCGCGAGAUGGCUGCGAAAGAGUACCGGGAGAGCCUGCAGAAGAAGUGGAGCCACACGGGUGACGUCAAGCGCGUAUCGAGCAGCCGAAACGUGCCGAAACCGAUCAAGGCUGCGCAGCAGCUCAAGCGGACCAUGCUCGAAGCAGAGAGAGUCAAGGAGGAGAGGCGGCGCAAGCACACCAAGACGGGCAACGCGAAACCCAAAGCUGCGAGGAAGGCGGCUGUACUGGCUCAAAAGGAAUAGAUCUCGCGCGUGCCCUGGUCCGCAUUUGUCCGCCCUCGCUUGCAUCCAUUGUAUCAUACUCAGCAAGCAUCCUCUUAGCAAUGAAGAUGUACA